UGGCCCGCGCCGCCCGCCGGCGGCCCGCGACCCCAGAGCGCGGCGCGGCCGGCCGCUGAGCGCGGCCCGGAGGCGGAGGCCCGGCCCGGCCUCGGAGCGAGCGCCCGCCGCGGCCCGGCCCCCUCCCCUGCGCGGCUCUCCGAGCCCCUGCGCGCCCCGCCGCCGCGGCCCGCCCGGCCCGAGCAUGGAGACCGCGGAGAAGGAGUGCGGCGCCCUGGGCGGGCUCUUCCAGGCCAUCGUCAACGACAUGAAGAGCUCCUACCCCAUCUGGGAGGAUUUCAACUCCAAGGCCACAAAGCUGCAUUCCCAGCUGAGGACUACUGUGCUGGCUGCUGUGGCCUUCCUGGACGCCUUCCAGAAAGUGGCUGACAUGGCCACCAACACCCGAGGGGCCACGCGGGACAUCGGCUCCGCGCUCACGCGCAUGUGCAUGCGCCACCGCAGCAUAGAGACCAAGCUGCGACAAUUCACCAAUGCACUGCUGGAGAGCCUGAUCAACCCGCUGCAGGAGCGCAUCGAGGACUGGAAGAAGUCGGCCAACCAACUGGACAAGGACCACGCGAAAGAGUACAAACGAGCCCGGCACGAGAUCAAGAAGAAGUCAUCAGACACGCUGAAGCUGCAGAAGAAAGCUCGCAAAGAGCUACUUGGGAAAGGAGACCUGCAGCCGCAGCUGGACAGUGCCCUGCAGGACGUCAACGACAUGUACCUCCUUCUGGAGGAGACGGAGAAGCAGGCGGUGCGCCGGGCCCUGAUUGAGGAGCGAGGCCGCUUCUGCACCUUCAUCACCUUCCUGCAGCCUGUGGUGAAUGGCGAGCUGACCAUGCUGGGAGAGAUCACCCACCUGCAGGGCAUCAUCGACGACCUGGUGGUGCUGACUGCAGAACCCCACAAGCUGCCUCCCGCCAGUGAGCAGGUGAUCAAGGACCUGAAGGGCUCCGACUACAGCUGGUCUUACCAGACCCCGCCAUCCUCACCCAGCAGCUCCAGCUCCCGGAAGUCCAGCAUGUGCAGUGCCCCCAGCAGCAGUAGCAGCGCCAAGGGUGGCGGAGCCCCGUGGCCUGGGGGUGGCCAAACACACUCACCCAGUUCCACCUGUCGCUACCGCAGCCUGGCGCAGCCAGCCACCGCCACCACCCGCCUCUCCAGCGUCUCCUCCCACGACUCCGGCUUCAUCUCGCAGGACGCCGCCUACUCCAAGCCCCCCUCGCCCAUGCCUUCCGACAUCACCAGCCAGAAGUCCUCCAGCUCCGCGUCCUCCGAGGCCUCGGAAACCUGCCAGUCUGUUAGCGAGUGCAGCUCCCCAACCUCGGACUGGACCAAGGCCGGCCCCCACGAGCAGCCCUCGGGCUCCACCCUGCAGCGGAGGAAGGACCGAGUGGAGCUUCUCCGAGACAAUGAGCCAGGCCCCACUGGCGGAGGCACCCUAGGCCCCAGCGGGGAAGAGGCACCACGACCUCGGAUGUCCCCCGCCACCAUCGCAGCCAAGCACGGUGAGGAGGUGUCCCCUGCGGCCAGCGACCUGGCCAUGGUGCUGACCCGCGGCCUGAGCCUGGAGCACCAGAAGAGCAGCAGGGACUCGCUGCAGUACUCGAGUGGCUACAGCACGCAGACCACCACGCCCUCCUGCUCCGAGGACACCAUCCCCUCCCAAGGCUCGGACUACGACUGCUACUCUGUGAAUGGGGACGCGGACAGUGAAGGCCCCCCUGAGUUUGACAAGUCGUCCACCAUCCCGCGCAACAGCAACAUCGCCCAGAACUACCGCCGCCUGAUCCAGACCAAGCGCCCAGCCUCGACCGCAGGGCUGCCCACCGCCGGGCUGCCCACGGCCGCGGGCCUGCCCUCUGGCGCCCCGCCCGGGGUGGCCACCAUCCGCCGCACACCCUCCACCAAGCCCACUGUGCGCCGUGCCCUGUCCAGUGCCGGCCCCAUUCCCAUCCGGCCACCCAUCGUCCCUGUGAAGACCCCCACGGUGCCUGACUCCCCUGGCUACGUGGGACCCACGCGGGCAGGCAGUGAGGAGUGCGUCUUCUACACGGAGGAGGCUGCCUCUCCCCUGGCACCGGACCUCGCCAAGGCCUCCCCGAAGAGGCUCAGCCUGCCCAACACAGCCUGGGGCAGCCCGUCCCCGGAGGUGGCCAGCUACUCCACCGCAGGGGCCGGGCUGGCGGCCGAGGAUGACGAGGAGCAGCAGCUGGCGGCCAACCGGCACAGCCUGGUGGAGAAGCUUGGGGAGCUGGUGGCGGGCGCCCACGCCCUGGGCGAAGGCCAGUUCCCCUUCCCCACCGGCCUGUCUGCCACCCCAGCAGAGGAGACGCCUACCCCACCCCCUGCUGCCACCAGCGACCCCCCAGCAGAAGACAUGCUGGUGGCCAUUCGACGCGGGGUCCGGCUCCGCAGGACCGUCACCAAUGACAGGUCUGCGCCCCGCAUCUUAUGAUGGCGCCGCCCUCCCCACCCUGUCUGGCCCCAGCACAAGCAGGUGGCCUGGUCUGUGAGCAGCAGCCACUCAGCACAGGCACAGUCAGGAGAAAGAACAGCGCCAGGGACAAAGCAGAGCCACUUUAUGGGAGGAGACACCCAGGCUGGGUCACAGCAUUCAUCGGGAUGUGACUUCUUUAACAAACCUCGCAGGACAGGUGGGGCCUGCAGGCCUCGGACUGGUUUUGGAGCCUAUUUUCUACUCUCCUUGCCCACUCUGUCCCUCCUGGCAGGCCCUGCCUUUUCCAAACCGGCAGGGCCCAGCCUCCCUCGUGCCAAUCCUGGCCCACCUGGCCUGGGGUCCAGGGCUGCUCCCCAGCGUCACGGUGCCCUGGCUCACUCCUGAAUGCUGGCCCUCCCCGUCCCCCAGCCCCCUCCCCCCUCCCUCUACCUCUGCCUCUCCCAGGCCCCUCUCCACCUGGGUGGCGUGCGGCUGUGGAGGGGCCACUUCCCAGUCAGCUGAGGCAUCUUGAUUUGUGGCCAGAAUGAGGGGAGCAGGUUGGAGUUUGGAGACGAGGCCCAAGGGGAAGGGAGCCCGAGUGGAGUCUGGGGAGGACAUGGAGAGAGCCUGCAUGUGGAGGCUCGGGGGUCCCUCCCACCUCCUCUCCCAUGUGAGGUGUGGCAGGAGCGGGGGGCUGCUUAGGGCAGCAGGAAGAGGCCAGAGGUCCAGGGGGCUGCCUGGCCAGCCACACAGGAGCUGUUCAGAUGUCCCGUUCUCAUCUGGCACAUUAAGACUUUUAACUCAGUGGCACUUUGGGGUCACAGUUUCAGCCUCCUUCGGGGUCGGGGCUGGAGCAGUAGACGGUAUGGAGGGUAUUUUAUAAAUAUAAUAAAUUGGAGCUGACCCCAGACAAGGACUGUAUGGGGGGCGAGCUGGUGGAACAGGGUGUGUGUCUUCGAGUGCCUGAGAGGGGGAGGUCACAGGGUGGCCUGAUGGGCCUGUGGCAGGAGAAGGGCGGAACCAAUUCCCCCAAAGCCAGCGGGAAGCUGCUGUCCCCAGCGUAGCCAAAAUGAGGCUGGAGAGGGCAGGGCCCGGGCGUCUCGGGCCUGCCUGCUGUGGGUUGAGCAAGCUGCGGGCCUGCAAGGGAGCAGGUGCAGGGAGAUGGGCUGAAACUUGCGGGAGGAGACGCCAUCCCAGGAUGGCCCUGUGCGGGCCUGGGCCUGGGCGGGCAGCCGGCCGGGCGGAGGAGGGGGCGCCUUCCCCUCCCGCCCCUAGUGAGUGAGCAGGUAAAAGCACGUGAGCCUAGGGCGAGCGGAGGGAAUCGGGAGGUCCGUGGGUCGUGAGGAGAGCGGCAGAGCUCCUGGGGGGCAUCUCGCUGGGGGUGAGGAGAGCGCUUCCCCCUGGUGUGGGUGGGACGGAGCCGGGGCUGCUCCAGCUCCGAGCUCCAGGGUGUCCUUGGGCCAUGAGCUGGGAUCUCAGCAGGGAUGCCCCCGGGUGAGUGGGGUCCCACUGGGCUCCCCGGGACUGCUGGAGAACCAUCGCCAGAUCACUAGAUCUGAGAACUGCCAGGUGUGGGAUCCAGGAGAGCAGGCGGUCCGUUUGGGGGGAUCCCUGGGGUGGGAUUUCUGCCUGGCCUUCCCCCCUCAGGGCUGCACUGGGUUUGCCCAGGUGACAGAGCAGGAAGCAGGAUGUGUGAGGGGACGGUGAGGGGCAGCAGGAGGGCAGGCACGGCCUCUGUGCCAGGAGUGUGGCUGGUCACAGGUCCCUGCGAGGAAGGGCUCACCGCCUCCUGGGGGCUCCGCAGGGGUGGCCCCCAGACUCCAGGCCCUGAUGGGAAGUGGGGGCCGGGGCUUCCCCGGAGACGGUGGGGCAGCACUGCCUCUGCCUCCCCGUCCCCUGAGCCCCCAGGGCUGUACAUACUCCACCCCCCUCUGUUCCCUGACCACCCCCUGCUGCCCUCGUCAUUUAGUGACCACCUCACAGCCCGCCCCCGCCCCGGGAUCCGAGCCAACAAUCCCGCAUCAUAAACUUUGGUUUGGGGGUGGGGGCUUCUUUACAUUCGUUUUAUUUUUCAUUUUGUACAGAGAACUAUUCUUUUCAAAAGCGUCUUUUGACUGCAGUAACUUUUCUGGUGCUGUUAACUUGUUCCUUUUUUUUAAUUUAUUUUCCCUCCCCAAGCCCCCCCAUCCCUGCUCACCCUUUCCUCCCACGCGCCCCUCGCUACCCCUUCGUCCCACCUGAACCAUCUCGUUUCUUUUCUUUCCGUUGGCUUUUGGAUAAAUUCUCCUUUCCUCCCUGCCCGCUCCCCUCCAUCCUCCCUUGAUUUAAAUAGUCACUGCUACAAGUAACAGAUGCACUGUGAGGAUCCAGUAUUAAUAAAGUCGUACUGUAAUUAACA